AUGCUGUCCAAUUUUUUCAUAUGCUUAUUAUUGAUUAUACAAUGCGCAAGUGCGUAUAACUUCGAGAACAUCUUUCUAGAGAAAAGAGAUUUUUUAUCAAAUGCUCCUAAUUACCCAGUGGGUUGUUCUCCUUCUGUGGGCACACAACUUACGCCUGGUUUAUCUCUGGAAGUGUACGCCUACCCUAUGGAUGGUAACAAUGGAUACUGUUGGAAUGCAACGUAUAAGGAUCCAGAAUUUCCUCGUUCCGGCUAUUUGAAGAAUAAACUACUCGGAAAGGCUGAUGGCGUUGUUGGGCCACUAAAUUUCUUAGCAAAGAAUAAGGAUUGUUCUCCUAAAGUUGAUACUUUGCCAGCUGGCUUUAAUUUCCCACAACCAAUCACAGUCACCAACUUCACAAUGGUGUUGUUCGGUUACUUGGCACCCAAACAAAGUGGUAAAUAUACAUUCAAAUUGUUAGCCGAUGAUCUAUUACUUUUAAAUUUGGGUGCAACUAACGCGUUUGAUUGUUGUAAUCGAGAAGCAACGAAGAACAAUCUUGGUGAGUUUCUUGCCUACAACCUGUGGCCCAAUCAAGAUAAGAAUGUUACAGUCUACCUUGAAAAAGGUGUUUAUUACCCACUAAGGCUUUUCUUCAACAACAGAGAUGGUGGUUCCCAAUUAGACUUUUCUUAUUAUUUCAACGAUUCUCCGGCUCCACUAACAGAUUUUUCGGGUAUGUUUUUUUCCGUCCCCGAUGGUGCUGAAUGUCCCGCACGCAUUGGAUAUCAACUAAAUUGUAGGUCCAUAAAUUCGACAACAACAUACAGCACACAGUAUGUUACUACUGCGCUAGGAGCUAAUGAACUACCCGUUACAAGCACCAUAUACUACGUCGCUACACCUUGCGCUGACCAGGCUAACAAUCCUGUCUGUAAAGAAGGCUUUUACGAUCCAGUUAAUAAAAAAUGCUACAUUCCUCCAGAGGAUGAUUAUACAACAACAAUUGACAAAGGCAAUGGUGAAUACGAAACCGACUUGAUAUCUCACAUUACAAAGACUGAUCAAAAUGGCAAACCAACCACUACUGUUCGGACUACUAUCAAAUUAUAUGGUCCUGCUCCUCCCCCCGUGACGAAAACAAUUGAUCUAGGCAACGAAGUGACGGAGUACCUGGUCAUUAGCUACUGGACUACAACAAAUGAAGUGGGUUCAGUGAUAACUACAGAAGCAACGAAAACAUACAGUCCCCCACCUGUGACGAUCACAGCCACCACUGCUGCGGACUAUGUUGAGACGGACUGGAUCUCGUUCUUCAUCACCACGAAUGAUAAGGGUGAGAUUAUUACUGACAGCACACUGUUCAAUGCUACGCGUGACUACAACUUGCCUGAGGCUCCUCACACGUCGUUCGGGCCUGCGCCUCCUGCCGAGACCAAGACUGUUGAUCUGGGCAACGAAGUGACUGAGUACCUGGUCAUCAGCUACUGGACGACCACCAACGAGUUUGGUGGGUUGAUCACCACUAGCAGCACCAGGACGUACAGUCCCCCACCUGUGACGAUCACAGCCACCACUGCUGCGGACUAUGUUGAGACGGACUGGAUCUCGUUCUUCAUCACCACGAAUGAUAAGGGUGAGAUUAUUACUGACAGCACACUGUUCAAUGCUACGCGUGACUACAACUUGCCUGAGGCUCCUCACACGUCGUUCGGGCCUGCGCCUCCUGCCGAGACCAAGACUGUUGAUCUGGGCAACGAAGUGACUGAGUACCUGGUCAUCAGCUACUGGACGACCACCAACGAGUUUGGUGGGUUGAUCACCACUAGCAGCACCAGGACGUACAGUCCCCCACCUGUGACGAUCACAGCCACCACUGCUGCGGACUAUGUUGAGACGGACUGGAUCUCGUUCUUCAUCACCACGAAUGAUAAGGGUGAGAUUAUUACUGACAGCACACUGUUCAAUGCUACGCGUGAGUACAACUUGCCUGAGGCUCCUCACACGUCGUUCGGGCCUGCGCCUCCUGCCGAGACCAAGACUGUUGAUCUGGGCAACGAAGUGACUGAGUACCUGGUCAUCAGCUACUGGACGACCACCAACGAGUUUGGUGGGUUGAUCACCACUAGCAGCACCAGGACGUACAGUCCCCCACCUGUGACGAUCACAGCCACCACUGCUGCGGACUAUGUUGAGACGGACUGGAUCUCGUUCUUCAUCACCACGAAUGAUAAGGGUGAGAUUAUUACUGACAGCACACUGUUCAAUGCUACGCGUGACUACAACUUGCCUGAGGCUCCUCACACGUCGUUCGGGCCUGCGCCUCCUGCCGAGACCAAGACUGUUGAUCUGGGCAACGAAGUGACUGAGUACCUGGUCAUCAGCUACUGGACGACCACCAACGAGUUUGGUGGGUUGAUCACCACUAGCAGCACCAGGACGUACAGUCCCCCACCUGUGACGAUCACAGCCACCACUGCUGCGGACUAUGUUGAGACGGACUGGAUCUCGUUCUUCAUCACCACGAAUGAUAAGGGUGAGAUUAUUACUGACAGCACACUGUUCAAUGCUACGCGUGACUACAACUUGCCUGAGGCUCCUCACACGUCGUUCGGGCCUGCGCCUCCUGCCGAGACCAAGACUGUUGAUCUGGGCAACGAAGUGACUGAGUACCUGGUCAUCAGCUACUGGACGACCACCAACGAGUUUGGUGGGUUGAUCACCACUAGCAGCACCAGGACGUACAGUCCCCCACCUGUGACGAUCACAGCCACCACUGCUGCGGACUAUGUUGAGACGGACUGGAUCUCGUUCUUCAUCACCACGAAUGAUAAGGGUGAGAUUAUUACUGACAGCACACUGUUCAAUGCUACGCGUGAGUACAACUUGCCUGAGGCUCCUCACACGUCGUUCGGGCCUGCGCCUCCUGCCGAGACCAAGACUGUUGAUCUGGGCAACGAAGUGACUGAGUACCUGGUCAUCAGCUACUGGACGACCACCAACGAGUUUGGUGGGUUGAUCACCACUAGCAGCACCAGGACGUACAGUCCCCCACCUGUGACGAUCACAGCCACCACUGCUGCGGACUAUGUUGAGACGGACUGGAUCUCGUUCUUCAUCACCACGAAUGAUAAGGGUGAGAUUAUUACUGACAGCACACUGUUCAAUGCAACUAGGGAAUACAUUGACGCUCAAGCACCUCAUUUAUCUUCUAGUAUGGAGGUUGUUCCACCCGAAGGUGAGGCCGACUACACGACGACGAUUGACAAGGGCAACGGUGAGUUUGAGACCGACCUUGUUUCGCACAUCACUACGAAGGACUCUGACGGCAAGCCUACGACGAUCACCACCACGAUCCCAUUGAAGCCAAGUGAUGCCGGCGAGGCCGACUACACGACGACGAUUGACAAGGGCAACGGUGAGUUUGAGACCGACCUUGUUUCGCACAUCACUACGAAGGACUCUGACGGCAAGCCUACGACGAUCACCACCACGAUCCCAUUGAAGCCAAGUGAUGCCGGCGAGGCCGACUACACGACGACGAUUGACAAGGGCAACGGUGAGUUUGAGACCGACCUUGUUUCGCACAUCACUACGAAGGACUCUGACGGCAAGCCUACGACGAUCACCACCACGAUCCCAUUGAAGCCAAGUGAUGCCGGCGAGGCCGACUACACGACGACGAUUGACAAGGGCAACGGUGAGUUUGAGACCGACCUUGUUUCGCACAUCACUACGAAGGACUCUGACGGCAAGCCUACGACGAUCACCACCACGAUCCCAUUGAAGCCAAGUGAUGCCGGCGAGGCCGACUACACGACGACGAUUGACAAGGGCAACGGUGAGUUUGAGACCGACCUUGUUUCGCACAUCACUACGAAGGACUCUGACGGCAAGCCUACGACGAUCACCACCACGAUCCCAUUGAAGCCAAGUGAUGCCGGCGAGGCCGACUACACGACGACGAUUGACAAGGGCAACGGUGAGUUUGAGACCGACCUUGUUUCGCACAUCACUACGAAGGACUCUGACGGCAAGCCUACGACGAUCACCACCACGAUCCCAUUGAAGCCAAGUGAUGCCGGCGAGGCCGACUACACGACGACGAUUGACAAGGGCAACGGUGAGUUUGAGACCGACCUUGUUUCGCACAUCACUACGAAGGACUCUGACGGCAAGCCUACGACGAUCACCACCACGAUCCCAUUGAAGCCAAGUGAUGCCGGCGAGGCCGACUACACGACGACGAUUGACAAGGGCAACGGUGAGUUUGAGACCGACCUUGUUUCGCACAUCACUACGAAGGACUCUGACGGCAAGCCUACGACGAUCACCACCACGAUCCCAUUGAAGCCAAGUGAUGCCGGCGAGGCCGACUACACGACGACGAUUGACAAGGGCAACGGUGAGUUUGAGACCGACCUUGUUUCGCACAUCACUACGAAGGACUCUGACGGCAAGCCUACGACGAUCACCACCACGAUCCCAUUGAAGCCAAGUGAUGCCGGCGAGGCCGACUACACGACGACGAUUGACAAGGGCAACGGUGAGUUUGAGACCGACCUUGUUUCGCACAUCACUACGAAGGACUCUGACGGCAAGCCUACGACGAUCACCACCACGAUCCCAUUGAAGCCAAGUGAUGCCGGCGAGGCCGACUACACGACACUAAUUGAUGAUAAAAACAGUUUGUUUAGUACGCAAUCAUUGAAAUCAUCUUUAACCUAUUCAUAUUCGGUACCCCAAAGUGAGAAUUCUGGUAAGAUAUCUACUGGUAAGGUAUCUAAAAUCUCCAGUAAUACGUUACCCACACCAGGAAACAUAGAUGGAACGACUACCGAGCUGAACAGUUCCGUUAAAUCCACAGCAUUACAAAUUAAUUCAGACUCGAAAAGGAAUUCCGAUACAACCUAA